CUGUUUAGCUGGUCACGUGGUUGUGUUUUGUGCAACUUUUUCCAAAAAUAAACGAAAACCACCGAGAUUUGAAUAUUUCACUUCUUUCUUCGUGCUUGCACAACGUGUUUGUGGCUUUUGAUAUCCACCAAGAAUGCAUAAAUAAGUGUGUUUGUGGUGUGGCAAUCCACUUGUUUUCUAGCAGACAGACUACUUUCGGUUUACUAUAGUUGAGGUUAUGUUAUUUUUGUUUUGAAGAGCCUUAUCAGCCAAAAUGAGUGAUUUACUUUCCGAUUUUUUAAACGACAGGCUUCAACCUGUCCCUGUGGAAGGUGUUGUGAAUGGAAUCAUGGAUUAUGAAAAACCAGAAGAAAAUACCUACAACUCUUCCGAUUCCGAAUCAGAAUCAGACACUGAACAACAAGAGUACAUUAAGAAAGAAUUGAGUACCUACUUUCCUGAGACAGAGGCACCUUGUUCUGGUGGUCUCACCGAUAUCGAGGAUGGCCACGAGGAGUCUGUUCUGGGAACAGACAUCAUGGAACUUCUUCACGUUCCUAAAGUUUUUGAAACCUACAAAUUUGACACUUAUUACAAAAAGGAAUUACCAAUUGACUCGUCUCGUGAUAAAAUUCUUGACAUGAUUAACACUAACUCCGUUGUAAUAAUUCACGGGCCUACAGGCUGUGGUAAAACUACUCAAGUGCCACAGUACAUUUUGGACCACUGUAGAGCCACAAAAUCGCCUUGCAAUAUUGUAGUAACUCAACCUAGAAGAAUAGCUGCUAUAAAUAUUGCACAACGAGUGUGCGAAGAGCGAGGGUGGGCCAUUGGAACAGUUUGUGGUUAUCAAGUAGGUCUUGAUAAAAACGUCGGUGAUGAUGUGAUUUUAACUUAUAUGACAACUGAGGUUCUGUUACAAAAAUUGAUUUCCCAGAAAAAUUUGAACAGAUUUACUCAUGUGAUUAUCGAUGAAGUACACGAACGGAGCAAAUCUCUCGAUUUUUUGCUUUUGAUUGUGAGGAAAUAUCUUUUUACUAACUCAUCUUCAGUUAAGAUAAUUCUUAUGUCUGCAACUAUGGAAGCACAAGAUUUUGCUUACUAUUUUCGAAGUAUUUCACGCAACAACCCCCAGCAGUACUUACUAGCUCCGGUAUUACCCGUCACUAAAAAAAGUGAAUACAAAGUCAGCAUUUAUUACAAUGAACAUUUUGCUUCUGCGAUGCCUCCGUACAAUUUUGAAGAGCCUUGCAUGCACAAAGAGCAGUACGAUGUUUGUGCCAAAUUGAUUAGUCUUUUUGACAAGUUGGAAGAAAAUGAGAGCAAGUUGACGCUUGCCGAACGGAUUAAUGGAAGUGUUUUGGUGUUUUUGCCAGGUUUUCAUGAAAUUGAAGAAAUGCAUAAAGUUUUAGUCAGGGAGAGAAACACUUCCGUUCUCGAAUGGGAAAUUAUUCCCUUGCACUCGUCUCUGGCACAGGAACACAUGGUCAAAGCCUUCCAGAAACCAAGACAACGAUGCAGAAAAAUAAUCCUGUCGACUAAUAUUGCCGAAAGUUCGGUUACAGUUCCUGAUGUCAAUUUCGUGAUUGACUUCUGUCUCACCAAGAAUAUGACUGUGAAUGAAGUCACAAAGUUUUCAAGUUUAAGUCUGCAGUGGGCUUCAUAUACAAACUGCAUUCAGAGGGCGGGGAGAGUUGGCCGUGUUGCCAAUGGCAGAGUGUAUCGUGUGGUCCCCACUAGCUUUUACCUCCACGAAAUGAAACAAACUACUGUUCCUGAGCUGCAAAGAGCGCCUUUAGAGAAUGUAAUUCUGUAUAUGAAGUUACUGGGAUUGAACGACACUCCCAAAAAUGUUCUUUCUUUGGCCCUAAGUCCUCCAAAUUUGAAGGAUGUGGAACAGUGUGUGUGGCACUUGAAAGAAGUGGGAGCUUUGCUGCAAACUUGUAGAGGCCACCGCACUCCCGCUGAUGGUGACAUAACUUUCAUGGGACGCGUGAUGGGUUCGCUUCCCAUUGACAUACAUUUGUCCAAACUUAUUCUCUUAGGCCACAUGUUUAGUUGCCUGGAUGAAGCUGUGAUCAUGGCUGCUGGUUGUAUGACGAAAAAUAUAUUCGUUCAAAACUUUUACGACAGGUUCAGGACUUACAGACAGAAACUUGUAUGGGCUGAUGGGUCUCAUAGCGACUUUAUGAUUUUAUUAAAUUUGUACAAUGUUUGGCUGAGUAUGAAACGAGAUAGAGCCUUCAGUUCGAGCCACCAAGAAAUCGGUUGGUGUAAGACGCAUUUCGUCAAUUUGAAAGGACUUAGAGAAUGGGAUAUCCUAAUCCAAGAGAUUCACUCGCGCUUAAAACGACUCAAUAUCCAAAAAUUGCCAGGACCGUCCAGUAUUCCUCUGUCCAUUGUUGAAAAACCCAUGGUUCUGAAAGUUAUAAUCUGUGGCGCAUUCUAUCCUUACUAUUUCAUAAAAUCAUCAGAUUUUGGAAAUGUCGACGCGAAAGAAGCUGUGAAAAUUCUCAACGGUCGCGAUCCCUGCAACACGGUUUAUUUCACUAAUAUGAAAAUGAACCAACCAGGACAGAUUUAUGUCAGACAAAUAAAAAAACUAAUGAAUUGCGAAGAUAAACCAAACGUCCAGAUUGGAUUCGAUCCUCAGAGCACCAAAGUUUUUGUCGAAUUUAAAGCCACCAGACAACCGGAACAAGUCACAAUUGAUGGUAGACAGUACAUCGCUACGGUUGCGAGUAACAUAGCGGUGGAUGUGUACGAAGCUGUGAGGAAGAGGCAAAUGAGAGUUCCUUUCGUGUUGCGUAUUUUACCGGAUAGCAAGGCAUGGGAGUUUGCUAAUAUGACUCAGGCGAAACGACAGAUUGCGGAAAGUGAAGAUGUUAAUUGUUUCACGACUCUCGACUAUUCACCUUUGCCUACCCUAGAUAUAGAAUAUAUCACUGUCACUGUAACUCAUAUUAUUGACGCGGGCCACUUUUAUUGUCAGAACUGGAAUGAAGAAACUCGCAUGCUUCUAGACCAAAUUUUCGCGGCUUUGAACGGUCCAGGAGUAUUCCUAGAACCUGCCGGAGAGAAAAUCAAAGUCAACAGCGACAUAUACGCAGCGUUGUUUAAUGAGGACGGGAAAUUUUACAGAUGCAAAGUCAUUGACUUAACACCUGGUCAACCAAACGUUGCACAGGUGUGUUUUAUCGAUUAUGGGAACGUGCAAAGAGUUCCCAAAAACCGACUUUAUAAAUUGCCUGAAAACAGUGAGCCAUGUCGGGUUCAACCAAUCGCGAUGUGUUGCGUCCUUAGCGGAGUGCAACCAGACCUUGUCCUAAAUCCCAAAGCUUUGUGGAGUGAAAGUGUCAACAAUAUCCUACGGAAGAAAACGACUGGUGUUUUGUUAAAUGCAAAAGUAUUCUCGGUGGUAGAUGAGGUCGUGCAUCUCGAAUUAUUCCUGCAAAAUCCUGGUCGGAAUUCAGUCUCGUUCAAUCAGUGGUUGAUUAACGAAGGACUCGGCCAAAAAUGCGAAGAAAGUCAACGAUCAAAAAUGGACCACGAAAUGCGUCUCAAAGUCCAAAGCUCUGAAGAUCCAAGCAACAUGAGCGCGCUCUUCAACAAAAAUCAAAUUGUGACCAGUUACGCCGAUUUCGAAGCGCCUGAAUCGAGCGAAGCCACUGAAAUAAUCGAACUGAAGGGUCCUUUCAGCCCUCUUGAGAUGAAAGUUUGCGGUCUGGUUCAGGCCAGUCAGGGGGCACCUGUGCACGUUGAUGGUGAUUCAGUCAACGCUGUGAUGCUAGACGACAAUCCUGAGGAUUAUCACGCCACGUUGCUCGUUGCCGGACAAGUCUCCCAGUCGUCCACCACUUCUGCGGUGAAAAUAUCGCAAACGACCAUCAUGCCCAACAUUCCCGGGUUUCCCAUGUUGAUGUGUCUCCUGUUCUGCCCCCAGAUGGAGCCAAAAUUGACACCUGAUGGUAGCCGAGUGGCCUCAAUUCUGUGCGGGUUGGGGUACAAGGAAGUCACCCAAAGAGCCAAUUUCCCCAUGCAUGAUAUUUGUCUCGUGCUUGAUACAGAUUUGCGCUCUGAAAUAAUUACUAAGAUCAACGCAUUGAGGUACUACAUGAAUGAAGCUAUUAAAAUAAUGAGCCAAAUUCAAGAGGAGUUGGCACGACCUGAAGAAAUGUACACAACCCAACGGUUUCUCAAAGAUGAAUUAUUUCAUUUGUUACAUAUGAGACAGCAAACUGUUGAUCGGGUUAAUGUCCGCUAUCCUGAUGUGUGGAAUAAGGGCUUGGAUAAUAUGGAGAUACUACGCAUUGACAUGGACGAUGAUGAGGAGGCUAUAUGGUCUUAUCUGUGGUUCGUCAAGUUUGGCGAAGAUAGGCUCUCAAAGAUGUCGAUUAACAAAAAUUUGGACGAACUUACCCAAAUUGCGAGAAGGACUGCGCCAGAACGGGAAAUCAAGUGCGAACUCUGCAAUAGUGCCACCCUACGUAAUAUAAGUGAUGUCCGAAUUCACCUGUUCAGAGAGGAGCACAAAUCUAAUCUUGCUAAAUAUUUGAACCAAAACAAGUAGUAGAUAGUGUCGCUUUUUAUUUUGUUACUUUAUUGUGAGUUUAUUAUGUUUUGUAAAAGAAAGUUUUCUUUGUUUCCUGUCACUGUAUGAAUCUCGAUAAGUUUAUAUGACGCUUUUAAUAAAUCUUUAUUUCUAAAA